AGUAAAUAUGGCGGUAUAUGGCUAUCAGCUGACAAAUGCAUGAGUUGUGUUCUGUCCCUCACGGGAUAUGUUCAGGCAAAUCAGUUUAGGACGAUUGACCACACUUACUGCAGUGAUGUUUGUGAAAAGAGCACCAAAGUGAAAAGGAAAUAAACUAUAAUAUUUUCAGAUCUGCAAUGAAUCAUGAAGAGGAGUCGAGGCCACUGCUGGCAGAGGAGGACAGUGAGCAGGGAGAAGAGGACAGGGCUGAGACAGAUGUCUAUCUGGACAAAGUCAAAAAUGGGAAGUUGUACAUGGCCACAUUUGCAGCUGUUCUUGGCCCCCUCAGCUUUGGCUUUGUGCUCGGCUACAGCUCUCCUGCCAUACCAGAACUGCGGCAAAUCCCUGACCCACGGCUAAGACUUACACCUGAAGAAGCCUCCUGGUUUGGGUCUGUGGUGGCGAUUGGAGCUGGUGUCGGAGGUCUGCUCGGAGGCUGGGUGGUAGAGAAGAUCGGGCGGAAGUUGAGUCUCAUGUUCUGUGCUUUGCCAUUCAUUUUUGGUUUCACCAUCAUCAUUGCUGCUCAGAACCACUGGAUGCUGUAUGUGGGACGGGUGCUUACUGGGGUAGCCAGCGGAGUUACAUCUCUUGUUGUGCCUCUCUACAUCUCAGAAACAUCUCAUGAGCGUGUUAGAGGAACAAUGGGCUCCUGUGUUCAGCUCAUGGUAGUGAUGGGAAUCAUGGGAGCAUAUGUUACUGGUUUGUUCCUAGAUUGGAGAUGGCUGGCCAUCGCAUGCUCCAUCCCUCCUACACUGAUGCUGGUGUGCAUGUGCUUCAUGCCAGAGACGCCACGCUACCUGCUGUCUCGCGGAAAGAGGCAUGAAGCAGAAGAGGCACUUCGCUUCCUUAGAGGACGUGACACACCGGUCGAGUGGGAAUGUGCGAGGAUAGAAGCAGCCUCUCAGUAUGAGGAAAGAAGUCUCACUCAGGCUGAUCUCAAAGACCCUGGCGUGUAUAAACCUUUAGGAGUGGGCAUCAUGAUGAUGUUCCUACAGCAGUUCACUGGCAUCAACGCCAUCAUGUUCUAUGCAGAAACUAUAUUUGAGCAAGCGCAUUUCCAGAAUGGCAAUGUUGCGUCAGUGAUUGUAGGAGUUACUCAAGUGAUUUUCACAGCGGUCGCGGCUCUAAUCAUGGAUCGAGCUGGAAGAAAAGUUCUCCUUAUCCUAUCAGGUGUUGCCAUGUGUGUGAGUGAAGCAGCAUUUGGUGUCUAUUUUAUGUUGUCUACAACAAAACAUGGUAACUCUACAUUGCUCAACACAAUUCUGGGAACCCAGGAUGCAGUUAGUGAAGCUGCACAUCCUGAUCUGUCCUGGCUCGCACUUACUAGCAUGGGCAUUUUUAUUACAGGUUUUGCACUGGGGUGGGGACCUAUUCCAUGGCUUGUGAUGUCUGAGAUUUUUCCCACCAAAGCUCGAGGGCUUGGAAGUGCUGUGUGUGUACUUACUAACUGGAGCUGUGCCUUUAUCGUCACCAAGACCUUCCAGAAUCUCAUGGACCUCAUAACAAGUGCAGGAACCUUCUGGCUGUUCUCAUGUUUCUGUGCCAUCAAUGUCAUCUUCACUAUAUUCUUUGUCCCAGAGACUAAAGGCAAAACACUGGAAGAGAUUCAAGCACAUUUUAAAGGACCUCGCUCUCGCUAAGCUCAGGUUACAUUGCUGUUCCCACUGCUAGCACCAAAGUAGGAAUAAAGGCAUCUUCACUGGAUUUCCUGAACUAAAUAAUUGUUCAUUGAGUAACAUGCCUCAGAAUAUCAAUUGAUCACUUGUCUUUAAAGAUUUCUAACGGGAAGUAUUCACAAAAUUAUCUUUCUAAAGAAGGUACUUAUACAAGGAAUAUUGAGGACACUUUUAGUACAAGUGUACAAGGGAUUGCAUUUGUAUUAUAUUUCUUUUUUUCAAUAAAGGCAUUUUCUUUACUAAA